UGCUAUGACCCAUGGUAUGGACAUGGCGGUUUAGACUGAGCUGAGGGUGAAAAAAAAGAGAGAUUGUGAUUCCAAAAUUCAGUGGUUUUGGAGUUAAUUAACGGCGGAUAAAUUGGUGGCGACGAUAUUUUAUCGUCAAUCAUGAUUGGGAUAGUAGUAGUCGUCGUCACUCUCUGUGCUGCAUGCACCAGUGGCAUCUCUCCGACGCACUUUGAAUUUGAGAGAGGCAGUCGAGGGAUUGUACCUUGUCCUGCUAUGGUGGAUAGAGGCUAUUCAGCAAGUGACACUGAAGCGAUUUACUGGUAUUUUACACCGAAGGGAAGCUCGGAGCCCCGAGAAAGUAUAUUAUUUUACUUCCAGGGAGGUACUACUCAUCAUAGUGGUCAUCCCGAGCGGUAUGAACUCAAAAAUACUUCGUUGGUGAUCACCAAUGUAACUGUGUCAGCAGAAGGCACAUAUAGCUACAGGCUUGUUCUGUGGGAUAAACCUCGCGAAGAAGGAUCAGUUGAAGUUUCUGAAAAAGUUUCCAUCAAUUUAAAAUGGCCUAAGGUUUCUCUGUCUAGAGACAAUCUUCUAUCAUGGGAAGGUACAGAGUCAUCCAACACAGUUGAAGUGCCAUCCAACACAUCAGCUGAACUCAAACUGACAUGCAGUGUAGAACAUGCUAAGCCGGCUGUGAACAUCAGUUGGUUCGCCUGGUUUCCAAUUAUGAACAGAUGGUUUGAAAUGCAGGCUCAAACCAAGUUUGAAAAUGCUUUCUGCAAUUCAUCUGCAACAGAUUGCUUCUUUGUGAGCAACACAGUUAACUCCAAGGUGACAGUAAAGACAUCAUUGGAAAGAAAUAACUCUACAUUUAAGUGUGUCGCAAAGAACAGUAGGCUUGAAGACGUCAAGGUGACGAUCAUCAAAACUAAUAAUGAUAUUGUGACUGCUCAUCCAAAAGUUACUACCGUACCCGGUUCGGUUGAACCACCAUCAACGCCUUCAACUCAUAAUGCCUCAACCACAUGGCUGGUUGUACUCAUCGUGGUUAUAUUAUUCGUGUUAAUGGCAAUCGGCAUUUUCAUAUGUAAGCGUUGCUACACAGUCGGAAAAUGA